UUAAGUCGCCUUGUGUCACUGAGCUAUUUAAAUGUCAGCACACACUCUUACAGUCAAUAAGUUAAGGACGUCCAGGCUGAUCGCACCAUGAUGGACCUUUUCGAGACCAACACGUAUCUUUUUAACGAUCUGCGCUACCUGGAAGCGGACCAUGGGACCCUGCAGCACCUGGACAUGCCGGAAGUUUCUCCGCUGUAUCAGGAGGACGAGAGUCCCGAGUCUCCGCGCCGGGACGGCGGAGAGGAACAUGUUUUCGUCCCCAAGGCAUUAAAGCCACACUGCGACGGUCAGUGUUUAAUCUGGGCCUGUAAAAUCUGCAAGAGGAAGUCCGGCCCCACAGACAGGAGGAAAGCGGCCACUCUGCGUGAAAGACGGAGGCUGAAGAAGAUAAACGAAGCGUUCGAUGCACUGAAGAGGAAAACCGUCCCCAAUCCCAACCAGAGGCUUCCCAAAGUGGAGAUUUUACGCAGCGCCAUCAGUUAUAUCGAAAAACUCCAGGACUUGUUGCACAACCUGGAUGAACAGGACAGACUGUCAGAGGACGGGGCCUUUAACCAGAACCCCAGAGAAAACAACGCUGUGUGGCGGAGUCUCUGGCGUCCAGCAGUCUCCGGCGUCUCUCCUCCAUCGUGGACAGCAUUUCCACCGAGGACACAAAGACGAAUGAAGGCUGAUGGAGAAAUGUUUGGAAUGCGUGGAGAAGCUGGGCUCACGUUUCCACCUUCCUUCUCUUCACUCGUUCACUUCGCUCUUCAUUUCUUUCUUCAUGAGAUUGUAUACUGUGGGAUUUUGGGGAUGAUUCCGCAUGAUCACGCUGCACGUGAUUCCAGUCUUUCACAGAGAUUCCUGAUGAUUCAUCACUAUUGUACAGGCUUCAGAGUAUAUUACUGUUAUUACAUAUCUUUUGUAUUUUAUGAAUAAAGUAAAUAAAUAAACAUGAUCUGGGUUUUUAACUGACCGCAUCCUGUAUCUUGUGUA